CGUCCCUCAGGAGUGCGCAGGCGCAGAAUGUAUCCCCCUUGAAGCCGGAAGUGAAGGUGUGAGAGGGGCUAGAGCUGACUGUGGUCUCCCCCCUCAGUGUGUGUUAUUGGCAGGGAAACCAUGGUGAGGCCUAAUCAACCAGGAGGCAGCAGGGAUGAACACGUGAAGGUCACAAAUCAGAAGAAGCAGGGAUUCCUGGAACGUCUUGGGGAGACAAUGGGGGGAAUGGUGGUGGGAGUGCUUAUCUUCACCUUGUCCUUCUACCUCCUCUUCACCAAUGAGGGAAGAUGUGUCAGAACUCAGAACUCCCUGGAUGAAGGUCUUUCCCUGGUGGUGUCCUUAAGUGAUGUCUUCACUCCUUUACCUCAAAAUGAUGGGAAACUUGUGCAUCUCUCUGGCUCCCUCUUGACAUUGCAGCCACUUUAUGACCCAAACUAUGGAAUUUCUCUCCACGUGGUGAAACUACAGCGUCGUGUGGAAAUGUACCAGUGGGUGGAAUACAGUGACUCCAGGGACUAUGAAGAGGAUGGUGAGAAGAAGACGGAGACCAGGUAUUCCUACAGUACUGAGUGGAAAUCAGAGGUUAUCAACAGCAGGAGCUUUGACCGUGAAAUUGGGCACAAGAACCCAAGCUCAAUGGCAGUGGAAUCAUUCACAGCUGUAGCCUCUGAUGUGACUGUGGGCAAUUUUCACUUUUCUAAAGAACUAGUCGAGAAGAUCAACACGUUUAAGAGGAUCAGGCUGGCCAAGUUUGAAGGCCCUCACAGUGACAUCGUGGUCUACAAUGAUUACUUUUACCACAGCAAUAACCCCAGGCAUCCAGAGGUUGGUGACCUUCGUGUUUCCUUCUAUUACGCAGGGCUCAGCGGGGAGUGGUCCUUCAUGGGUCGACCAGAUGUGGUGACUGUCGUGGCACGUCAGAAGGGGAACCAGCUGCUGCCGUACCAGACGCAACCAGGGAACAUUUUGGAGAUGUUGUACGAGGAGUCGCUGUCAGCAACGGAGGUCUUUGAACGGGAACACGCUGCGAAUUCGAUCCUGACCUGGGGGUUACGGUUUGCUGGUUGGAUGCUGAUGUUCCUCGGCAUCAAGCUCAUGACAAAGAUAUUCCACACGCUCGUGGACUGGGUCCCGAUCUUGCGGGACUUGGUCAGCCUGGGCCUGACUGCUUUUGCUGCAUGUGUAGCCACAUCGUUGACACUGCUGACUGUGGCGCUUGGCUGGCUCUUCUACCGCCCCCUGGUGGCCCUGCUGCUGGGCUGCUUCUCUCUCGUGCCCAUCCUGAUCGUGAGGUCCCGUGACCGGCCGAAGAUGCUGUGAGCUUGGUGGAGAAAUGGCCGUUGGUGUGUGCUUUCUUUACUGCCUUUCCUGACCGGGUGCCAAACAGCUGGCUUUCAAAAAAAAAGUAUACCCCAACGUUAUUGUUCCCGUCACUCCAUGUACCCACGACAAUCCUGAGACAUUGAAGUGAGUUUUCUGUCAUGUUGUGCCUUCACCUUCCUGUUUAUUGCAGAUUGUCCUGGUUCCCCCUUGUUGAACUCCUCCUGCAUUGGUCAGACUGUCAUGGCCUGAAUCUUUGAUUUGCAUUUGUACCUGCCACUUGCCCAGAGUAAAAGUGUUUGUUGUUAAAAUUUGAGACAACCUGUAUUUACAAUAACCUGUCAGCAUGAGGAUGUGGUCAGUUUGAUGGAAACUGUAAGGGGUUUGUGUCUCUUUCACUGUGGAGUCUGAUGAGUUUCUAGUUCCAGUGUUUCUAGGAUUUGGUGAAAUGAAUUUUUUUGUUACAAACAAAUAUAUUUUUGAAAUAAAACACUACCCCAAGUU